ACCAUGACCUGGAGCCACAGACCCCCCACCCCUGCCCUCGCCCCCAUCCUGCUGGCCAUGCUGCUGGGUGGCUCUGCGCUGGCCACAGAGAUUGUGGGCGGCCGGGAGGCCCAGCCGCACGCAUGGCCCUUCAUGGUGUCCCUGCAGCUGCGUGGAGGCCACUUCUGUGGCGCAACACUGAUCGCCCCGAGGUUCAUCAUGUCAGCCGCACACUGCGUGGAUGGCCAAAACUUCCGGUCGGUGGUGGCGGUGCUGGGGGCUCACGACCUGGGGCAGCGCGAGUCCACUCGGCAGGCAUUCGCCAUCGAGCGGGUCUUUGAAAACGGCUUCGACCCCUCGAGGCUGACAGACGACAUCGUGAUUCUCCAGCUCAACGGGUCAGCCACCAUCAAUGCCAACGUGCGGGUGGCCCGGCUGCCAGCCCAGAAUCAAGGAGUGGGAAGCGGGGUGCGGUGCCUGGCCAUGGGCUGGGGCCAGCUGGGCAAUGACCGGCCACCGCCCAGAAUCCUGCAGGAGCUCAACGUGACGGUGGUGACCGUCCUUUGCCGUGAAACGAAUGUGUGCACCCUGGUGCCGCGCCGGCAGGCUGGCAUCUGUUUCGGGGACUCCGGAGGGCCUCUGGUCUGCAACGGGCUGAUCCAGGGCAUUGACUCCUUCAUCCGGGGAGGCUGCGGCUCCGGGUUCUACCCAGACGCCUUUGCUCCUGUCGCUCAGUAUGCAAACUGGAUCAACUCCAUCAUCCGCCGCCACGGUGACCGGCCUCCAAUGCAUCCCAGGGACCCCGCUAGCAGGAUCCGCUGAAAAGGGCUGCCCCCUCGCCCGCUGCAGUAGCCAAGCCCCCACACAAUAAAAACCCUCCCU